AUUAAGAAAUUGAGUCAUGUAUUGUUAGACAUCCAUAUAAAAAAAUUUGUAUUUUUUUUUGUUUCUUUAUUUAGAUUGAAAACACUUUUUGUAGAAAUCAGAAAAUGAAAAUGAGAACGAAUUAAAAUGCACACGAGUAAACUUACAACUCUUCGUGUUGAUCAUCAAGACCUGAAAUGUAGAAGAGGGUGUGGAUUUUAUGGAAAUUGGACACAGUUUGACGGACUUUGCUCACAAUGUUUUCGAGAAAGAAAUGAAAAGCAAAAGAAACAAAAAACAAUUGUCGGAACAUCGAAAAUAGAUCCUUCGUUCCCUAAGUCAAACCAAUCGUUACAGCAACAGUAUCCAAAUCGCCAACCUCAUUAUCGUAAAGAACAUGAUCCUAGAGAGUCUCAAAUCGUAAAAGGUCAUGAUUCGCCUUCCCAUCGGGCACAUCGUGAAUCUCCAAGUAGAUCGGGGAAUAAAGAUGGCUACGCAGGUUCUUUGAAAAAGAAACCUUUAUUGUCUGUUUUCAAUAUAUCCUCAAACAGUUCAAAAGCUGCGUCUCCUAAACAAUCAUCUCAACAUGUAUCAGAGCAUAGCAAAAUGCGGUUGCCAGAUCCUAUUGAACAGGAGUUUAAAAUCAUUCUGAAAUCUUUAAAAAUUUCGGAUGAUGCGAAACAUAAGCUUAAAAGUGAAAUUAGGGCAUUAGAUUCAGGAAUACAUGCACAUAUAUCAAGCUCUCAUAAAAAUAUUGACGAAAUAUCAGAGUUAGUUCAAAAUGCUUAUUCUAAAUUUUCUGAUAUCUUAAAUAAUGAUUCAAAAUUCAUGAAUGUCUCGCAAACUGUAAAAGAUGAAUGUUUGGAUUUUUUCGAAAGGGUUGUAAUGACUAAAAACCACAAAAAUUUAUUUUCCCCGUAUUUUACAAAUGACGAGGAAUCUGAUACAAAAAUUCAAAAAAGAAUUCGGCAAUUAAGCUGGAUAACUGCAAAGCAUUUGGCUUGUAGUAUUGAUGAAGUAAAUUCAGAAUGUAGAGAUUUAGUUUAUAAUGCAAUAACAGAGUUAGUGGCAAUGGAUUCCUAUUACUCUCCACAAGAAAAGUUGCAAUGCAUCAUCAGAUGUUGUCGAAAUGUAUUUGCUUUGUUAAAACACUCUGUUGGAGGACCAGCAGGGGCUGACGAAUUUGUACCGGCAUUAAUAUUUGUCAUUCUUAAGGCAAAUCCGGUUAGAUUACAUAGUAAUAUAAAUUACAUUUCACGAUUUAGUAUUACAUCAAGAAUAAUGAGUGGCGAAGGAGCUUAUUACUUCACAAAUCUGUGUUCUGCUACAAAUUUUAUUGAAAUUUUAAACAACAAACAUCUGUCCCUCCCAGCUGACGAAUUUGAAUCUUUAAUGUCUGGCGAACGAUCAAUUAGUACACCUUGGGAAAGUGCUUUGAUGGCGUGCGAAAGUUUGCAUUUAAUAUCUGAAAACAUGAAAAAGAUGGAAGCUCUUAAAAAGAAAAAUAACAGUAUAUUAGAUGAAAUAGCAUCACUAAGCAUUAGUUUAAAACAGUUUGAGGAAGAAAUAACGCAAAAAAUUGAUGCCACAAUUAGUAAAGCUCCUUUGACUAUUUUGCCUAUUAAAACACCGGAACUUGUUAGAGAAAAAAUUAGAAAAUCUGCAAUGGGCAUUGCAGUACCAAUUUUGCCUCCGAAAAAAAUUCAAAACGAGAAUGGGCAUUUCCAAUCAAAUUUGUUAUCAGCUACAAAAAUAUAUGAAAAUAAUCCCACUAUUUUAUCUGGACAAAAAGAUAAUCUUCCAACGCCCAUAACACCUGUUUCUCCAAAAAUAGUCGAGAAGAAGCAUUCUGAUUUAUGUAGUGUAAAAGAAAAUUUAGACACAUCUAAUACUUUAUGCCCAACUUUAGGAAAUAUGCCAAAUAGCGAUUCAGGAGAUUUAUUAUUUUCUUCACCUAUAUUUAAUUAUACCCCUUUUGAUAACACACCAGAUGAUUUGCUUAAUGUGACUGAUUUUACAGGCGGAAUUUCAAAUAUAAAUUACGAUUUUGACUUGUCCGAUUAUAGUGGGGAAAAUAGUCUAAAUGAAGACGUCCAAGAAGUAAAUAAAGUUAUUCAUCCAGAUUCCGGAGAUGGAACUUCAUUGAAGCUUGAUCUUGAAGAGUUCGAUCCACUACUUAAGGACGAUGCGACUAAAGAAGAAUGCUCCAACGGUCAUUCUAUUCAGACAAAUAUUAAUGAAAAUUGUGCAAUGAAUUUAUCAUUGCACUCUUCUUUAGAAGAAAAUUCACAAAAUUUAAUUGAAAGUGAUUCUCCAAGUCAAGUUUUAUUACCGUCACCUAUAAAACCAACCACUUCAGAUUAUAGAGGUUUUUCAAAUUUUGAUAUUCCGUCAAUAUCAUGUAAUACGGGGGACUUCAGCUCAAUCAACUACCAAUCAAAUGUUAAUAAAAACGAUAAUAGUAACUAGGAGUUAUACUAUAUUAUAAUUAUGUAACGAUAAUUAAUUUUUGUGGUUAUAGCGUAAAUUUAAUUGUAGAAAUUCAAAUGUUGUACAUUUUCAAAAUAAUUUUAUAAUUAUAAUGUUAAUUAUUUUAAAAGAAUAAAACUAGUCGAAGCCGUUA